UUCCACAUUUCACCACUUACACACUUUCGUUGCUUAGAAAUCGCUCGCUCUGUUUUAGGUGCACUUUCUAGACGUCAUUUAAUCGCAGCACCCAGGAGGCUGUAGCUAUAUAAAUUAGCUGAGCUGUAGUUGUGCUGGAGGGAAGUUACUCGUGCUGUGAAAUUAAAGCCUGUUUUCUCUUUUCCUCUCGUUUUCUUCGACGGUCGUUUUUUGCUAAAUGUUCCCGGUUUUGUUUUAGCCUGUAGGUGAGCAAUAUAGCCCUGCAGUUCACCCGUUUAGGCGCUUUUUACUGUCUUCAGGCGCUUUUGUCCCGUUUCGUACCACACCUGAGGAGAAACCCAGCUCUUGGCAAGUCCGGCUGCUUUGGUGAACCUGAGCCUCACAUUUGGCCCUCCACCAGCAUAACUACAUAAAACAAUAAGUUGUUGAUCGCCGCAUUGGUCCUCGUUUUCACAUCCUUCCUCUCGCUCUACACCGGUGAGCAGUAAGACAGUGCCCUGGACCCUCCUUGCCCUCCACCCCUGCGCUAUGAGCAGAGGUAGAGGAGGGCCUUCCAAAGAGCACCAGCGAUUCUCCCUCCCACCCAAUCAAGGACAGUCCAGAUUAGGGUUAUCCUCCCAAUCGUUCCAGACUCACUCCAGGACCUCUUGUAUCCCAAGCCCCAACUCUGUCUUUGGUAGGUUUCAGCAUCCUCCCAUUUAUUCAUAUCCAAGUUCUCCUGGAGCCUCUCCCCGUGGCCCUAUCCUUCCUACUCCACCUUUGCCUGGAAUUUCCCCAGAUAACCCUCAGAGCUCUGCUCCAAAUGGAGUAGGACGUAGUGACGAAGCAAAAGACUUUCACCAGCAGCAGAUUCUGUUCCUUAGGGGCCAGAUUGCUCAGGCACCCAGGUUUAGGGCGUCCCAACGGGGAGAGGCCCCAAACUCUAGUGGGAAUCACCAGCAUCAAACAGGACAUUACUGUUCCAGCUUCACAAAAAGUGGGGGCUAUAGCCGAGACUGGGAAAAGGGGCCGCAAAUUGGGUACCCUCCUGGUCCCAAGAAAUCAUCUGGGUGGGAGUACUCAAAAGGCCAGUAUUAUCAGAAUCAGUACAUUAAAGGUCACUGGGACAGCAAUACCUCUUCUCUGUCUGCAGACUUCCAUACCUUGUCACUAGAGGAGAACCGCUCUUCAAAGCCACAUAACUUUGAGACUGUUUCAUCCUGUAGUAGUUCUGGAAGUAGGUCUUCCAGUUCACUCUCCACAGUUAGAUAUUCCCUUCGAUGCACCCCUGAAAUCCAGAAAGAGGUCCUCAGUGUUUUGUCGUCACUUGGGCCCGGUGAGACAAUCCAGGCCAAGGUCUUGGCCAGGAAGCUUCACCUGCCUAAAAAGAUUGUUAACCAAGCCCUGUACACAUUAUACAGCUCACACCAAGCAGUUAAGCAAGGGGAGACGCCCCCUCUUUGGAGACUUUGGAGAGAAGGUGACGCUCACCCCUUGAAAGGGUCAGACAGACCACAGUACGCGGUCAAAUCUGAUAAAGGAAUUGCUCAGGAAACAUCAAUAAAGCAAGAGGAAGACGUCAGCAAGGUAAGAAAACCGAACCACGAAGCUGACCCUGAGGCCGCAGCUGCUGUAGAGGCCAGUUGUGGUUCGAGCGAGGAAUCUGAAGACUUUGAAAAAGAGACCUCUUUGGAAGUGUUAGGCUCUGACCAGGUUCAAGAGACAUUUUCAUCCUCUGUGCAGGCAGCAAAUUUUGUCACUGCUAUGGAAUCAAAGGAUAAUAAAGAGCUGAUCGUACAGUACCUCUAUGAGGCUGGCAAGGCUCAUGCAUUGUUGAUCGCCAAAAACCUGGGCUUGCGAAAUGCCAAGCAGGUCAAUCCUACAUUGUAUGCCAUGGAGAAACAGGGAGAACUAAGCCGCGACACAAGCCAUACACCACCAUUUUGGGAGCUGACUGCUCACCGACGUGAAAAGAUGGACCGGCAGCGGAAAGCCACUGCUACGGUAAAGCAGGGGGAGUUGGGCCUGGCUGAUCCGACACCCCUGAUUACUUCAGACAUGGGUGAACUCACUGAGACCAUGGAGGAGAAAAAAAAGGCCGUUUUGGGGAAUGGAACUGUUGUACAGCAGUCGCAAGUAGACAUGGAUACCAUACCUGGCCUUGAGCAAAUUUCCCCAGACCCCAGUGAUCUCUCGUCCCGUAGCUGUGUUUCCUAUCCUCAUGCUGCUGAUCGCCCAUCAUACUACCAGGCAGACGACAGAAAUGGUAGAGGGCAGUCGCAAUGGGCAUCGGACGACAUCCCAGAAUACUUGAACACCAUCCGUUCGGAGGUCGCCGUGUCGCUGGCUGCACCACUGCCUCCUGCCCAGAGUUCUGAGGCCAGCAAGCUGCAGAAGCUGCGAGAGGCCCGCAGCAAAAACCCAGUCAGCGGUCUGAUGGAGUACGCACAGUACCUUGGCCUCAACUGUGAAUUCCUCCUGCUGGACCAGUCAGGACCCUCUCAUGACCCCAGGUUCCGAAUGCAGGUGAUGCUCGAUGGGCGCAGAUUCCCGGCGGCUGAAGCCUCAAACAAGAAAGUGGCGAAGAAGGAUGCGGCUGCACUGACCCUGCGGAUUCUCUCCAGAGAGCUGGAGGGAACUGAGGGAGAGGAGGCAGAAGAAGAGCAACCUGCCACGACAACAGCAGAAUCAUAUGAUUUUGCAGAGGAUACUUUUGAAAGCUUGGAGGGGCCACCAAAAGCACUGGCUCGCUCACUUCCAGGUGGAAAGAACCCCGUUUCUGUUCUAAUGGAGCACAGCCAACGCAGCGGCAAUGCCAUUGAGUUCAUCAAUACGGGACAGGAGGGUCCGCCACAUGACCCACGGUUCAUGUUCCGAGUAAAGGUCGGGGACAAUCUGUUCCCAGAAGCCUCAGCGCCCAGUAAGAAGGCAGCACGGCAGCUGGCAGCAGAGGAAGCAGUGAAGGCGCUGCUGGCGGACGGACGACUGCAACUCAACAAGCCCCAGCAGCCCUUCUGCCCUCUGAGUGACGGCGACUUGCCCCCGGCAAUGCCCCCGUGCCCAUCGCUGCCCCCGCUGACAGCAGCAGAGCUCCAGGCAGCACAUGAGGCCGGAGUGGGCGACCUAAUCAAUCACCUAAACAACAAUGCUGUGUCUGGCCUGCUGGAGUACGCCCGCUCACGAGGCUUCGCUGCAGAAAUCCGCCUGGUGGGCCAGUCGGGACCCCCACAUGAGCCCCGCUUUACAUACCAAGCUAAGCUGGGAGGCCGCUGGUUUCCAGCUGUUUGCGCCAGCAAUAAGAAGCAGGGUAAGCAGGAGGCUGCUGAUGCAGCGCUCAGAGUUCUGAUAGGAGAGGCGGAAAAAGCAGCGCGCACGGGAGAGCUCACACCUGAGUUGCCAGUGUCAGGCAGCACUCUGCAUGAUCAGAUUGCCAUGCUGAGUCAUCAGCGUUUCAAUGCACUGACCGCUCGUAUACAGCACAGCCUUCUGGGUAGGAAAAUCCUUGCCACCAUCGUCAUGAGGAGAGGAAGUGACAGCCUGGGCACAGUCGUCAGCCUCGGGACUGGAAACCGCUGUGUGAAAGGAGAAGAGCUGAGCCUUAAAGGGGACACGGUUAACGACUGCCAUGCAGAAAUCAUCUCUAGGAGAGGCUUCAUCCGAUUUUUGUACAGUGAGUUGAUGAAGCACUGGGAUAGUCCUGCAGAGGACAGCAUAUUUGAGGUUGCUGAGGACAAUAAGCUUAAGAUCAAACCUGAUAUCACCUUCCAUCUAUACAUCAGUACCGCUCCUUGUGGGGACGGCGCACUCUUUGAUAAAUCGUGCAGCGAGGCAGCGGAGGUCACAGGCUCAACUCACAUGCCCCUGUUUGAGAAUGCUAAACAGGGCAAGCUCAGGACCAAAGUGGAAAAUGGUGAGGGCACUAUUCCAGUGGAGUCGAGCGCCAUUGUGCCCACCUGGGACGGCAUCCAGCAUGGAGAGCGUUUGAGGACUAUGAGCUGCAGUGACAAAAUCCUGCGAUGGAAUAUAUUGGGCCUGCAGGGGGCACUGCUGAGCCACUUUGUCCACCCUGUCUACCUGAGUUCCAUCACCUUGGGUUACCUGUACAGCCAUGGUCACCUGACCCGAGCAGUGUGCUGCCGAUUGGCCAGGGAUGGAGAAUUUAGCAAAAGCCUACCUCCAAACUUCACUCUCAACCAUCCAGAGGUGGGCCGGGUGAGCGUGUACGACUCCACACGUCACACAGGAAAAACCAAGGAGUCGAGCGUGAACUGGAGCCUGCCAGACAAGCUCAGUGUUGAAGUGCUGGACGGGACCAAAGGAACGGUGGACAGUUCACGCCUGGAGGUGUCCCGGGUCUCCAAGUCCAACCUUUACCGUCUGUUCCGGGAGGUGUGCCGCCGCUUCGGCCGGGCCGACCUCCUGGCCCUGCCCUCAUACGCCCACGCCAAGAUGGCAGCCACCUCCUUCCAGCAGACGAAGGCACAGUUCUUCCAGGGUCUGGGGCAGCAGGGUUAUGGAGCCUGGAUCGGAAAACCGCUGGAGGAGAAGAGCUUUGAGGCUGGAGAGAACGACACCGGCUUCAGCACCACGGACAGCAACUACACGGCUACUCAGGGUUCCCACGGGGACGCAGAGAGAAUGAACGAGUGAGGGAGGGAGGGAGAAAGAGAGGAGGGAAAGCAUAGCCAGCAGUUAGUCUUCCUGACAGGGGGGGGUGGGGGGAGUUAGGGAAUGAGUGAUGAGAGAGGACAGGAGAGUAACUCGGGACAGAGAGAGAGAAACAGGGUGAGCCUCAGGCUCAGGGUGUUGAACAUCAGCACAUCAUGGUGAGUUGCUAUGGAAACUGAGCCGUAAAGUCCUGGUCAGGGUGAUUCAUGUACUUUUUAAGAAGGCAGUUUAUAACGUGUGCGAUUCCUGAGUUCACUAUGUGCAGACAUGACAUCAAGCACCCCACACUUGGCACAACAAGACCAUCUGAAGGCAUGACGCUCUCACUCUCUCUCUGUCUGUCUUUCUCUCUCUCUCUGUCUGUCCAUCUGUCUCUGUUUCUGUCUCUCUCUCCCCUUCACACUUCAACAAAAAAAUGCUUCUCUUUCAGGACGAUGUCGAAACUUCUGGUACAUUUAGGUCUUGUUCUUUUUUCUCUCUCUCUUUGUUCCUUCUCUCUCUUUUCAUUCAUCUUACUUCCUCUCACUCUUUUUCUCUUGUCAUUCUUUUUUUUUCUCUUAU